UUUCACCAUUCGUUGCACGUUUGUCAAGCCUCAUAGCCGGCAUUCGAACGUAAACGCUCUCCGAGAUAGACCUCAAAAAAAAUUGCUCUACAGAAAAUACUCUGAAUUUUUAUUUCUACGUGUGUGAAAUCAAUAAUAUACACUAAUCAAUAUGCGUGAAUGUAUCUCUAUCCAUGUUGGCCAAGCUGGCGUCCAGAUCGGCAAUGCCUGUUGGGAAUUGUAUUGUCUGGAGCACGGCAUUCAGCCCGAUGGUCAGAUGCCCUCUGACAAGACUGUGGGUGGUGGCGAUGACUCGUUCAACACCUUCUUUAGCGAGACUGGUGCCGGCAAGCAUGUGCCCCGUGCCGUGUUUGUGGAUCUGGAACCGACUGUGGUCGAUGAGGUCCGCACUGGCACUUACCGCCAGCUGUUCCAUCCCGAGCAGUUGAUCACUGGCAAGGAGGAUGCGGCCAAUAACUAUGCUCGCGGUCAUUAUACCAUUGGCAAGGAAAUUGUCGAUUUGGUGUUGGAUCGCAUCCGUAAGCUGGCCGAUCAGUGCACUGGUCUCCAGGGCUUCCUCAUCUUCCACUCCUUCGGUGGCGGCACUGGCUCUGGCUUCACCUCCCUGCUGAUGGAGCGUCUGUCAGUGGAUUAUGGUAAGAAGUCCAAGCUGGAAUUCGCCAUCUACCCGGCACCCCAGGUGUCCACAGCUGUGGUUGAGCCCUACAACUCCAUUCUGACCACGCACACAACUCUGGAGCACUCGGACUGUGCCUUCAUGGUCGACAACGAGGCUAUCUACGAUAUCUGUCGCCGCAAUUUGGACAUUGAGCGUCCAACGUACACGAAUCUGAAUCGUCUGAUCGGUCAGAUUGUGUCAUCGAUCACCGCCUCCCUGCGUUUCGAUGGUGCCCUGAACGUCGAUCUGACUGAAUUCCAGACCAACUUGGUGCCCUACCCCCGUAUUCACUUCCCCCUCGUCACCUAUGCUCCCGUCAUCUCCGCCGAGAAGGCCUACCACGAGCAACUGUCUGUCGCCGAAAUCACCAAUGCCUGCUUCGAGCCCGCUAACCAGAUGGUCAAGUGCGAUCCUCGUCAUGGCAAAUACAUGGCCUGCUGCAUGUUGUAUCGUGGCGAUGUGGUCCCUAAGGAUGUGAACGCCGCCAUUGCCACCAUCAAGACCAAGCGCACCAUUCAGUUCGUCGACUGGUGUCCCACCGGCUUCAAGGUUGGCAUCAACUACCAGCCCCCCACUGUGGUGCCUGGCGGCGAUCUCGCCAAGGUUCAGCGUGCCGUCUGCAUGUUGUCCAACACCACGGCUAUUGCCGAGGCCUGGGCCCGUCUGGAUCACAAGUUCGAUCUGAUGUAUGCCAAGCGUGCUUUCGUCCAUUGGUAUGUCGGUGAGGGUAUGGAGGAGGGUGAGUUCUCCGAGGCCCGUGAAGAUUUGGCUGCCCUGGAGAAGGAUUACGAGGAGGUUGGCAUGGACUCUGGCGAUGGUGAGGGCGAGGGUGCCGAGGAGUACUAAAAACACUCCUCCCAGCUUCUCCAUAAGAAUAGGCGUCAUUGGUGGACUUUAUUUUUGUCGAAACCAAUGUGUACGCCUAUGCUUGUUGUUGUUUAAACAGAAAAAGAAAAAAGAGAAACAGAAAUGCAUGUAACACUUGAGAGAAACGAAACACAUCAGUAUUUUGUAUGAAGAAAAAGACACGCAACAUCAAGAAAUCAGCUAUAAAAUUGUGUACCAAGAAUAAAAUCAGCGAAUAGCAGUGUUUACACGAACAACAACAACAACAAA